CUAUUAACCCCCUUUUUUUUUGCCGGGACUAACCUAUUAAACCUUAGCUAUCAAUUGCAAACAGAAGCUGCUGUUCAAACAUGUAAUAGAAAAGCUAGUACAUCCAAGCACCCGUUUCUUAAAGGUUCAAACUCCAUUUUUUUUUCCAAUUCACCCCACUUAGAUGCUGUUAAAAAAGGAACGCCAUUCUUUUUCUAUAACUGCAGUAAAAGAAACUGAAGGAACAUUUAGAAAAAAAACAAUAGAAAUAAAAAGGUCAAGAUCCACAUUAGCUAGCAGCUUCUCUUUCUCGGUUAGCUUGAUGGGCACACACAGCAGAAAGGCCACACGAGCACACAGCAAGAAGGAUCAGGACAGCAAGAGAGCUGAGCUGCACAAAGCAAAGAUCCCCCAGAAACCGAAGCCAGAUACAAAACGAGUAAAACAACAGGAAAGAGGCCAAAGGAAAAAUAGAAAAGAAAAAGAAAGCACACGAAAUCCCCACUUCACACUCCUCUCUCCUCUUCUACCUCUGCCUGCCCCCCAACUCCCCCAUGCUGUAACUACACUGCAUCGCCAGUUCGCUCCUCAUCUCCAUCCUCCUCCUCGCAGGGCACGCCACGUCGUCGAUCCGGAGAGGGGCGCCGCCCGCGCGCGCCGCAGAAGGAGCGGUAGCGGGAGCGGCGAAUCUGGAGCCCUCGGGGCCUGCAUUGCCGAGGGCGGCCAGAUCUCCCCCAACCUCCGACUGCCGCGGCACGGCAUGGUGGCUGCCGCAGCAGCGGCUACCGCGCCAGAUCCGGCCCGCACCUCGCGCCCGCCGCUCACGCCGGCCCUCGACAAGCCCAACUCCAGCGUCUCACGCCGCCCCGCGCGCUCCAGCAAGCCCGUGUCCUCGCGCUACCUCGCCUCCGCCGCGUCACCGGCCUCCUCCACUUCGUCGACGUCGUCGUCCUCGUCCUCCUCGUCGCGCCGCUCCCUGUCGGCGCAGCGCGUCCGCUCCUCUACUCCCCCGCCGCAGCACACCACAUCGCCCACCCCCGCCGCGGCGGCCGCGACGGUGACGGCGACCACGAUGCGGAGCCUCUCGGUGUCGUUCCAGGGGGAGUCCUUCUUCUACCAGACGUCGCGCGCGCCGCGGGCCGCGUCGCCGUCCUCCCCUGCCGGGCGGCGGGGGCCCACGCCGGAGCGACGGAAGAGCGUGUCCUCGGUACCGGAGGCCGAGAACGCCCGGCCGCAGCACCGGUGGCCCGCGGCGAAGCCCAAGGCGUCGGACCCGCUCGCUCGGAGCCUCGACUGUAGCCUCGACCGCAAGGACUCCAUCCUGGCUGCCGUCCAACUCCUCCGCCGAUCCAUGGCGUUCGAUUCCACCACCUCCCUCUCCCCCUCUGACCCGGCCGUCGCCGCCGCUCCCGACCUCUCUGCCUCCUCCGACACCGACAGCGUCUCCUCCGGUAGCAACUCGGGCGCCGGUGAUCCGCCGCGCCGUGGCAUCAGCGUCCCAGCAAGGUUCUGGCAGGAAACCAACAGCCGCCUACGACGGCUUCCAGAGGCAGGUCUGCCGCUACAGUCGUCCUCAGGACGGAGAUCGUUCUCGGACAGUCAAAUGUCACCGAGGCUACCUGGCCGGUCACCGUCUCCAAGCCGAGGAAGCAGGGGGAUGGCGAGCCCAACAAAAGGACGAGGCGCGGAGGCAUCACCAAAUGGGCAUAUAGUUCAGGCGACAGCUAAUGCUCCAUCCAUCAUUAGCUUUGCGGCAGAGGUGAGGAGGGCGAAGAAAGGGGAGAACAGAAUUGAGGAGGCACACAGGUUGAGAUUGCUGGACAACCAGCAUUUGCAGUGGCGGUGCAUCAAUGCACGAACAGAUGCAUCACUUCUGUUGCAGAGCUUCACUGCCGAGAAAACCCUACACAGUGCAUGGAAGGAAAUAUCAAAAUUGCGUGACAAUGUUAGUUCAAAAAGAUGUAAACUCCAGCUUCAAAAACAAAAGCUGAAGCUGUUUGCCAUUCUUAGGGGAGAGAUGUCCUAUCUGGAGGAGUGGUCUCAUAUUGAAAAACAUCAUUCAAGUUCUUUGUCAGCAGCAAUUGAAGCACUGAAGGCUAGUACUCUCCGUCUUCCGGUUGUUGGUGGUGCAAAGGCUGAUGCCCAAGGUGUAAAGGAAGCUGUUAACUCAGCUGUGGAUGUAAUGCACACGAUGGCAUCUUCUUUGUGUAAUUUGUUGUCAAAGGUGGAUGGAACAAGCUCUGUGGUGUCUGAGCUUGCGAGACUUGCAACACAAGAGCAAAUGUUGUUGGACCAAUCAAGAGAUCUCUUGUCCACGGUCGCAGCAAUACAUGUCAAACAGUGUAGCUUGAAAGCUCAUAUGCUACAACGAAAGCAAAAGCAGAGCCAGACACAGUGGUAGAUCAGUUUUUCUAGCCACAUUCGUGGUCACUAACAUGACACGGCUUCAAUCUUUUCUCACUGGAGACUACUACUACUACUACGACAGGUAAUAAAGCUGUAACCAUUUGUUGGGUGGUGUGAAGUGUGUCCUAAUCUGCUUGAUCCCACUGAGUGUAGCUGAUCCAUGUAAUUUUUUCGAGUGCAUAUCACCAUAGAGAGAGAAUGGCCCUUUUACCUGCAGCUGUUGCAGUGGAUGUAUACAGAGAGCCUAGGGGUUGACCAAAGAUAAGCUUCCCUGUAGAUAUGAAAAAAGCUUGUUGUUUGCGUGCUUACUGUUGCUGAGUGCCCGCGUGUUGAUGAGUGUUUUGUAUUCUGGAAUGGAAACAACUGUUAGUUUGAUAUAGGUGUUUUCACGGCAAGAUUUAGCGUGGAGGUUGUUUUUAUAACCUGCUCGUGUUGCAUGCUAUACUCCUGUAAACGUAAAAGUGCUGUGCUUGUUGACCCCAAAGAGAAAAGAAGAAAUGCGUAGUACUUGUCCUC